CUCGCAUCCUGCCGUGACUCAGCUUCGAUCACAACAGGCACACGGACCAGAAGAAGAGAGGAAGAUACACUAGUUUAUCAUUCUAAAGUACAAGGAUUAUAGGCAAAAUCAUGAGUCACUCCUCAUAUCAUCGCACCUCUUAUCAGCGCACUUUUGGGCCGCCUGCCUAUAGCCCAGUGUCCAGUCGCGUAGGAGGCCGCUACAUCUCCUCCUCCACACCCGCCCGCUCUGUGGACUUCAGGAGCCGCUCCAGCGCUCCGGGCCCCCGGCUCUCGUAUGAUAAAGUGGACUUCUCUCUGGCAGAGGCCGUCAACCAGGAGUUCCUGACCACGCGCAGCAACGAGAAACGAGAACUGCAGGAACUCAACGACCGCUUCGCCAGCUUCAUCGAGAAGGUGCGCUAUCUGGAGCAGCAGAACUCGAAGCUGACUCUGGAGUUGGGUCAGUUUAAGGAGCAGCAGCAGGGGCCGUCGGGACGGGUCAACGAGCUGUGCCAGCAGGAGAUGAGGGAGAUGCGCAGACAGAUGGAGCUCAUGGGCAACGAUCGAGACCAGAUGCAGGUGGAGAGGGACAACCUGGCCGAAGAUGUGGCCCUGCUCAAGCAGAGGUUAAAUGAGGAGAUGCAGAAAAGACAGGAAGCUGAAAAUAACCUGACUCUCUUUCGUAAGGAUGUGGAUAGUGCUACACUCGCCCGUCUGGAACUGGAGAGGAAGAUUGAGUCGCUGAUGGAUGAGAUUGAGUUCCUCAAGAAGAUGCAUGAUGAGGAAAUUCAGGAUGUGCAUGUGAGCGUUCAGAACCAGCAGCUGAAGAUGGAGGUGAUGGAGACGUCCAGCCGGCCUGAUCUGACCGCAGCGCUGCGGGACAUCAGAGCUCAGUACGAGACCAUCGCCACCAAGAACAUGCAUGAGUCUGAGGACUGGUACAAGUCCAAGUUUGCAGACCUGAACGAUUCAGCCAAGCGUAAUGCUGAGGCAAUGAGACAGGCUAAACAAGAGGCCAAUGACCUGAGGAGGCAGAUCCAGGGCCAGAACUACGACAUUGACUCUCUCAAGAACACUAAUGAGGCUCUGUCGAGGCAGAUGAGAGAAAUGGAAGAGCAGUUCGCUGGAGAGGCUGGAAACUAUCAAGAUAGUGUGGGGCGUCUAGAAGAGGAGAUACAGCGCCUGAAGGAGGAGAUGUCACGCCAUCUGCGGGAAUACCAGGAUCUGCUCAACGUCAAGAUGGCCCUGGACAUCGAGAUCGCCACCUACAGGAAGCUUCUGGAGGGAGAGGAAAACCGAAUUACGGUUCCUAUCAUGAAAAUGCCUUCAAUGAGUGGUGGACAGUUCAGUGGUGAUUAUGGUCAAUUUUCUGAUUCUGGAGCUGGAAAGAAAGUCUUGAUCAAGACUGUGGAGAUUCGAGAUGGAGAGGUGAUGAAAGAAUCUACAAAGGAAAAGAACCGAGAUGAGAAGAAAGAUUCACAGGGUCAAGGAGAUUAGAGCGUCUAGAUGAAAAAAAAAAUGCUUGAGUUAUUGAUUGUGUCGCAAUUUUAAAUGGACUCUUAAGAGUAAAAUUUAGAGUGAUGCUUGUAGUGUAGUGAAUAAUCAGCAAAUGUGUGACUCAGUAUUGUGUACGAUGGUGCUAUUAACAUAUAUGUGCAUAACAUGACUGCCUUAUCUGAAUAAAUCAUGUGUGUAGACUUAAUGUCACUAACUCUAACAAACAUCAGAAACAAUAUUUCAGAAGUUCACGUGUCAGUAUAAUCUUCAAAUAAAAGAAUGUAAUGUGAAUGUAAA